GUCAGUAUAUAAGACCGUUUAAUUACAACAGUUAAUUAGAUCCGACUGAGAAACGAGUGACUAGAAGAGUUCCUUCUAUUAUAACCGCCAUGGCUUUACGAAAUAUAUAUUUUUGUUUUUUGACCGCUCUGCUUGCGGUAAACCUUAUAUUCGCAGACGACUCCAAUGAAACCCAACCAGACCCACAGGGCAGAGCGAUGCCUUUCAACCCAUUCGGAUCUCUCCCAUUUGGAUCUCCCUUCGGCUCGAAUCCUCUGGGCUCCUUACCAUUCGGUUUCAACCCGUUUGGAUUUAACUUUAGUCAAUUUAUUCCUUUCGGAUUUGGUAAUUCACGGCAGACGAGGGACGUAAGCUCGCAAGACAAUGAAGAUGAAUCAAAUAAUGACACGUCGGUCAAUAAUACAAACCAUCGAUUGUUCUUCUCGCUUGGAAGUCGACUAACAACUUGCAACUACACCGCAACGCCUGGAUUAUCUUGUUCGAGCUGCAAUCAAGCCCUCACCUGUUAUUCCAGCAAUGUCGGUGUGGUGCGUAGAUGUACCCUCUAUUGUAACAAUGGUCGGUGCUCAUUCGUAGCUGGUUCUCAAUGCUUCUCAGGCAACUCUACGGGUUAAAUUCUAAGAUACAUAAUAAAACGCUAAAUUACCAAAGAUUCUUUAAUAAUAUCUACAUUAAAUCUCAUUUAUUAAUUCAAUGUAUAAAAAAUUGUAAUGUGUCGUUUUUCUUUU